AUGGAGCAUCAUCUUCUUUGUACUUUUUCAUCUUUACUAUUACUCUUCUUAUUCAGUUCUAUUCCUGUAACCAGCCAAUUCACAUUUGGCAGCAGCAGCAAACAAGCUCAUAAUUAUGCGAAUGUCUCGUGUAUUGAGAAUGAACGACAAGCUCUUCUUCAAUUCAAGCAUGGGUUGAUAGAUGAAUCAAAUCGUUUGUCAUCUUGGAUUGGAGAAAGUUGUUGUUCAUGGGAAGGGAUUAGUUGCCACAAAACCACUGGUAGUAUUUUGAAACUUGAUCUGCACAACACGGUGCCACUCUAUUCUGAUGAUGAUGAUUUUCUUUGCAAAAAUUGCUUGGGAGGCCAAUUAAGUCCAUCUUUGGUCCAUUUGACCAAUUUGCGAUACUUGGACUUGAGCUCAAAUAAUUUUUCAGGAAUCCAAGUUCCCGCAUUCCUUGGAUUGUUGAAAAACUUGAGAUACCUCAAUCUCUCAAGCACAGGAUUUGAUGGUGAAAUUCCCCGUCAUUUAGGAAAUUUGUCACAUUUACGGUAUUUAGAUCUUGGAAAUUUUGUUUUCUCCUCAAUACAGAAUUCAUUGAGCACUAAGGAUCUCGGGUGGGUUGCUGGGCUUUCUUCUCUAGAAGGCCUAGUCCUCUCCAGGGUGAACCUUACAGCCGCUCAAGAUGGAUUACAGUCAGUUAACAUGCUUCCUUCACUAACAACACUAGACUUGAAUGGUUGUGAUCUUUUCAUCCAUCCUCAUCUUUCACAUGUCAAUUUCACAUCUCUUGCUUUCCUUGAUCUCGGUGAAAAUAAUUUCAACAACUACAUGGUCCCUCUUUGGCUCCGUAAUCUUACUAGCCUCCAUGAUCUUCGUCUUGGUGUUAAUAAUCUUUCUGAUCCAAUUCACGGCCUGUUUGACCAAAUAACCUCUCUAGUUCAUCUCGAUCUAUCUUUAAACCGCUUUGAUAUUUCAACGUUGAAAUCACUUUGUAAUGCAAGCAGUCUUACUUAUUUGGAUCUGAGUUUUAAUAAUGUGCAAGGGUCAAUACCAAGUGAAAUAAACCAGCUUUUAAAGCUAACAAACCUGUUGUUGUCCUUUAAUAAAUUAAAUGGUACCAUACCGACCAAUCUUGGGCAGCUGACGUGA